GGUGCCGCGCUGGGUCGGGGCAGGGCCGGGCGGUGAGGAGCCGAGCUGGGCGCUGAUGCUCUGGCAGUGAGGAGCUGAGCUGGACGCUGAUGUUCGGACGGCUCCGCCGGUAAUGCGCGCCCCGCGGGGGGUGCCGGGCCCGGCGCCGGCUCGCUGAGGUGCUGCGGGCCCCGGGUCCGUGUGGCCAGCGUGGCGAGGCGGGGUCCUGGCCGCGGCCAUGCCGUGCACCUGCGGGAACUGGCGGCGGUGGAUCCGGCCGUUGGUGGUGCUGCUGUACAUCGUGGGGCUGCUGGUAGUGGUGCCGCUGUGCGUGUGGGAGCUGCAGAAACUGGAGGUUGGCAUCCACACCAAAGCAUGGUUUAUCGCUGGGAUAUUCCUCCUAAUGACUAUUCCCAUCUCUCUCUGGGGAAUACUACAACACUUAGUCCAUUACACUCAACCUGAGUUACAGAAACCAAUAAUAAGGAUUCUGUGGAUGGUGCCAAUUUACAGUUUAGACAGUUGGAUAGCUUUGAAAUACCCCAACAUUGCAAUAUAUGUGGAUACAUGUCGAGAAUGCUAUGAAGCUUAUGUCAUCUAUAACUUUAUGGUUUUUCUUUCAAACUACCUGACCAACCGGUAUCCAAACCUCGUAUUAAUAAUAGAAGCGAAAGAUCAGCAGAGACAUCUGCCUCCUCUGUGCUGUUGUCCAUCAUGGGCUAUGGGAGAAGUUUUAUUGUUUAGAUGUAAGCUGGGUGUUCUGCAGUACACCGUGGUCAGACCCUUCACCACCAUUAUUGCUCUAAUCUGUGAGCUGGUGGGAGUGUAUGAUGAAGGCAACUUCAGCUUCAACAAUGCUUGGACUUACUUGGUUAUCCUUAACAACAUGUCACAGCUGUUUGCCAUGUAUUGCCUGGUGCUGUUUUACAAAGUGCUGCGUGAGGAGCUGAACCCCAUCCAACCUGUUGGCAAGUUCCUGUGUGUGAAGAUGGUUGUUUUUGUUUCUUUCUGGCAAGCUGUGCUCAUUGCAUUGCUGGUGAAAGUUGGUGUCAUUUCUGAGAAGCACACCUGGGAAUGGCAGAGUGUGGAAGCCGUGGCUACAGGCCUACAGGAUUUCAUUAUUUGUGUUGAGAUGUUCCUGGCUGCUAUUGCACAUCACUACAGCUUUUCCUACAAACCUUAUGUUCAGGAAGCUGAAGAAGGGUCCUGCUUUGACUCCUUCCUUGCCAUGUGGGACGUCUCUGAUCUAAGGGCAGACAUAUCCGAGCAGGUUCGGAACGUGGGAAGGACAGUCCUGGGCCAGCCAAGGAAAAUGUUUUUUGCAGAGGAUCAUGAACAAAAUGAGCAUACAAGUUUACUGUCCUCAUCUACCCAAGACCCAAUUUCUGAUGCUGCUUCAAUGCCAUCUUCACCCAUGGGUCACUAUCAGGGGUUUGGACACACUGUAACACCUCUGACAACACCGACGACAGCCCCUGCGGUCGAUGGCAUCUAUAACACCUCUGCUGGUGGGGAUGCUGAGGAGUCACCCAAACUGGAGCACAAGUCAUCAGGGAAAGCUCUGGACCAGAGCUAGACUCAUCUGGCCUUUGGAUGUGGCCAGCAGUCUGGUUUUUCCUUGCUACAGGUGUUCUGUUAACUGCUGGUGAUGGAAGUUGGAAAGCUUGGGAAGGCAGAGACAGGAAGAGGCCGUGGCUGUGCCCAGCAGCUGCGUUCUGACUCUCUAAGGGAUGUGUCUCAGUACCCCAGGAGUAUAAACCACGCACACUGUAAAGGGUUCUGCUGACAGGGGAGUCAACUCCAACUGCUCACCACUUGGACAUCACCUCAGAGUUACACUGGCUUGUAUGAACACAGAAGAAGUGCUCUGCUCUCCAGAAGCUGAAGUGUAAGUACUGCUGGCAAUGGGAACACUUCAUUUGAAGAAUGUAAUUCAAGGAGGGCAGGAGCAAAAGGUGUUUGUACCAGCUUCAGCUGUCCUCUUUAUGGUGGUGACUUCCCUAAUGUAGUGCUGAAAUGGUUAACUUCUGUACAGAUGCCAUCUUCUACCCUUCCCUGCACAGCUAAACAAGCUCCCUUGACCAAGCUAAUUCUUACAGAGCCUCAGCAAAGAAUCCCUACAAUGAAAGCAUUCCCUGCAGGCCUUGCUGUACAAUUCCAUGCCCAGAGCAAACAGCUGGUGUAUCUCUUGUCCUUGCAGCUCAUCAUCUUUUAAGUCUUUUACUCUCUGAGAAGACAGCCAGGACAGUAAGUUUUGGAUUGAUACACUACACUUGACUCUUUUCCUAUCCUUCCAGAAGAGGA